AUGAUGGCCGAUUUCGACGCAAUCUACGAGGAGCAGGAGUUGUCGGAGGAGAACCUCGAGGAAGCGCACGUACAGCUAGUUCCGGAUCCGAUUGUGAUCCGUGGAGCAGGCAAUAUGACAGUGUUUGGCUUAAGCAAUCGGUUCAACGUCCAGUUUCCAGCCGGUCUGGUUUCGCGCGUUGCACCGGAAGAGUUCAAAGCGACCGUGUUGCGGAUCAAUGCCGUGCUAAAGAAGACGCUACCGGUCAACGUGAAGUGGCUGUUCUGUGGUUGCGUUUGCUGCUGCUGCACCUUAGGAUGUUCUCUAUGGCCUGUGAUAUGUUUAAGUAAGAGGACGCAGCACACGCUAAACAAACUGCUCGAGUGGGAAAACAGCCAUCUUUACCACAAGCUCGGACUGCACUGGCGCCUCAGCAAACAGCAGUGCGACUCGAACUCGAUGAUGGAGUACGUGCUGCUAAUAGAAUUCAUACCGAAAACGCCAAUCUACCGGCCCGACUAG